UGGACCUCCACCUUCCAGAAAGGGGCAGGAAGAGGGGGCGAGGGGCUUUGGGUGUCCCUCCUCCUGAGAGGCCUUUUGAGGGGCGUCCCUCUGAAAAGCAUGGGGAGGUGCGGGGGGGACGCUUGGGUUUCGUAGCUCUGGGUUUGUGGGGCUUUACCAAGGAGGGGCGGCUGGGGUAGCUGAACCUUAUAUCGGGGAGGUGGGAGUGAGGGGCAAGUCCUGAGGCGUGAGAAGGAGUCCUUGCCUGGAGAGAAGUGGUCAGACGGUCAGUUUCCUUAGAGACCCCAACUUCCUCUGAAGUGAAAAAGGGACCUCUUAGUUUUCUGUCCUAAUCUUCCUGCUCCCCACCCCCUCAGGAAAAGGUUGGAAGAUCUGAUUUGUUGUUAUUCUUUCAGCCAGGACUGGGGUGGCUCCCCCGUGAAUCUCUGCAUUAAGGAAAGACCUGCUUUGUGGAAAGCUUUUUGCAUUGAGGGGGGCCGGGUUAGGUUGAUUCUUCAUUUUUUUUUAAUUCUUUCCCUUCCCUGUGGGAAGCAGCCAAUCUUCCCCUUUCCAUGAAGGGUCAGCAAAAAGAACGCUUGUGGACCUUUUUCUGAAUGAGGGUUUUCCGCCAAUUUGAGGGGCCCUCCAACUGGGAUGUGAAAAACUGAGAGACCUCUAGGACACCUUCCAGAAUGCUGUCUCUUAAGGCUUAGUCUGCAGAAAAAGACUUCCAGACUCAUUCUGUUCUUUUGCAGGAGAGGAGUGAUUUCAGGUGCUCUGUUUUGUAGAGAGGAAGUAGGAUUUUUCACUGCUGACAGGUUUCUUCCUAGGUGGCAUCCAGGAUAUAAAAUGUACUAGAGGCCUAACCUUUGGAAUAAAAUCUGUCAUAACUCAGCUGUAAGACAGGGUUGCCACCCUGCACAUCUUCAUAUUGCCUUUUUGUGCCCUUGCUGCUGUUUUAUUGUCUUCCGAAAUGUCGGAGCUAAGGAGGCGAGGAGCUGGGGGAGAUCAUGAAACGGAAAGCAUUGGUGACAAGGAUAUAGAUGGAGAUGAAAAAUUUGGAGAACUGGAUCUCAGAAAUGAUUCAGAAGUUCCUGAAGUUGUCCCAGCAACAGACAGCACUCCAGAAAUUUUUAAAAAGGCUCUUUCUGGCUUAUCUUCCAGAUGGAAGAACUGGUGGAUUCGUGGAAUUUUAACUUUAGUAAUGAUUUCAGCUUUCUCCCUCAUUAUAUACAUGGGAUCAUUUAUGCUGAUGCUGCUUGUCUUAACAAUACAAGUGAAGUGCUUUCAUGAAAUCAUCACUAUAGGUUACAGAGUUUAUCGAUCUUAUGACCUACCUUGGUUUAGAACAUUAAGCUGGUAUUUCUUGUUGUGCGUGAACUAUUUCUUUUAUGGUGAGACAGUAGCAGAUUACUUUGCCACUUUUGUUCAGAGACGAGAACAACUUCAAUUCCUAAUUCGCUACCACCGAUUUAUAUCUUUUACACUUUAUCUGGCAGGAUUUUGUAUGUUUGUGUUGAGUUUGGUGAAGAGGCAUUAUCGGUUACAGUUUUACAUGUUCGCAUGGACUCAUGUCACUUUGCUGAUCAUUGUAACUCAGUCUCAUCUUGUCAUCCAAAAUCUGUUUGAAGGCAUGAUCUGGUUUCUUGUUCCAAUUUCAAGUGUCAUUUGCAAUGAUAUUGCUGCUUAUAUAUUUGGAUUCUUCUUUGGCAGAACUCCAUUAAUUAAGCUCUCUCCCAAAAAGACCUGGGAAGGCUUCAUUGGUGGCUUCUUUACCACAGUUGUGUUUGGAUUUAUUGUUGCUUAUCUUCUGGCACAAUACCAGUAUUUUGUAUGUCCUGUGGAAUACAAUGGUGAAACUAAUAGGUUUGUCACAGAGUGCGAACCAUCGGAACUUUUCCAGCUGAAGAAGUACUCCUUACCACCAUUGCUUCAAGUUGUUCUGGGAAAGGAAACUGCAAAUAUGUAUCCAUUCCAGAUGCACAGCAUUGCUUUGUCAACAUUUGCAUCUUUAAUUGGGCCAUUUGGAGGUUUUUUUGCUAGUGGAUUCAAAAGAGCUUUCAAAAUCAAGGAUUUUGCUGAUACUAUUCCUGGCCAUGGUGGAAUAAUGGAUCGUUUUGAUUGUCAGUACUUGAUGGCUACUUUUGUACAUGUCUAUAUUACCAGUUUCAUAAGGUAUGUUUCGGUAAGGUGUCAUUUUAGAGUUAAUUGGAAAAAAUGUAAACAAAUGCUUUUAUAUCAGCCUUGUCUCAAAUGGUGGAGCUGUGCCAAAUUAGCAUUGACACUGAAUAAGCAAUUAACUAUUCCUUUGGACUCCAAAAUGGGUGGGGAAAAUUGCAGCUAACAGGCUUCAUACGGUUCCCCAGAAACCCAUUUCUACACAGAAGUCCCCUGAGAAUGUGGUGUUGAACCUCAGUCAAAUGGCCAGGUUUGGGUGGGAGGCCUCUGGGAAGCAAACUCUUUAAUUUUGACCUAUAACCCCACCUCCAGAAACCCUGAAAAACAGCCUGAAAUUAGGCUGGUGAAUUUCAGCCAUUUUGCCACUAAAAACUGGCAACAUAAUUGGGAAUGGAAGUGGCUUGCCUUCCAGAGACCCACCAUUCCCGUUGUUGUUGUUCAGUCGUUAAGUCG